CACACAUUUAAGAAGUAAUCUCUCAAGAAAUACCAGCCCUGGGAGCAAAGGGAGAAUCACUGUCUCUCCAGCUCCUACCCAGGAAUACACCAUUGAAAUAUCAACUAUAGGGACCCUUUACCCCACAGGAGGGUAGCAAGAGUCCGUGUGUCUGUGAGCCCGACACCAGUGAGCCUUUUUCAGGGUUGCCAGGAAGCUGCUGUUCAGAGGAACGUGAUAGGACAACGUCACUGAGAAACGGUUCAGCUCCUGCGCCACGGAGGGAAUCAAGGCCAGAGGUAUGAAUAAGGUGGCGAUUCUGAAGGGAAGAUUUUUGUAAGGAUGGACCCACACCAGCAGAUUGCCAGCAUAUAUAAUAGGGAUACAUUACAGAUUCCCAAGUAUGAAAAAACCUCUCAGUAUAUGAACCAGGUACAAAGGCAUGAGGACAGGCCCACAGAAGAAAGACGGUAUACAUGUAGUGAAUGCGGAAAGAAGUUUGCUCAGAGCUCAGGCCUUGUUCGACAUCGGAGAAUCCACACUGGCGAGAAGCCCUAUGAGUGUCAUCACUGCGGAAGAGCCUUCAGUGUGCGUUCAACCCUCACUGUGCAUGAAAGGAUCCACACUGGCGAGAAGCCCUAUACUUGCAGUGACUGUAGGAAAGGCUUCAGUGUGCGGGCACACCUGAUCAUCCAUCAGAGAAUCCACAAUGGAGAGAAACCCUAUGAGUGUAACGAAUGUGGCAAAGCCUUCAGUGUGAGCUCAGACCUUAUCAAACAUCAGAGAAUCCACUCUGGUGAAAAGCCCUAUGAGUGUGGCGAGUGUGGGAAAGCCUUCAGCGUGAGCUCAGCCCUCAUCAAACAUCAGAGAAUCCACACAGGAGAGAAGCCGUACGAGUGUAAGGAGUGUGGGAAGGCCUUCUAUGUGAACUCCGCCCUUAUUAAUCACCAGAGGAUUCACUCUGGAGAAAAGCCCUAUGAGUGUGGAGAAUGCAGGAAAGCAUUCAGCCAAAUCUCCACCCUUAUCCAUCACCAGAGAAUCCACACUGGAGAGAAACCAUACGAGUGUGAUGAGUGUGGGAAAGCUUUCCGUGGGAGUUCUAAUCUUACUAAACACCAGAAAAUACAUGCCAAAGGAAAGUGUCCGCAGUGAUUUAUGUGGUGAAGAUAUUCCAGAGGCCUUUUUUGUAUCAGAAGUUAACACCAAAAGAAGGGUAUGGUAAAAGUAGUGUGUGUGUUUUUUUUUAAGUUAGUGUUUUAAUUGAUACUUGGUCCCUUAGAAUAUUGAAGAAGUGAGAAGUCAGUGAAAAUGACUCCAGAAUGGUGACUAGUUGAAAUUCUAAAAUCACAACUACUGAGAAUGCCACUUUCCAACUCAUAAGGAUGGAGGUUUGCAGACAGACUCUUCUGGGAUCAGCACUGAAGAGAUGCUAUAUCCCACCCCAAACCAGCACAGCUGAAUCCUAAGCAGUCAGUGAUGGUGACUCCUGGCCCUAAACAAGGAGUCCAUUUCAAAGCAGAGUUUUGCAGAAUUCCACCGCCAAGUGAGGGAGAAGCCCCUUGAGGAAUUGGCUUACAGUGCUUCAUGCCAAGCAGAGUAUCUCUCUGAUAAAGGGACCUAAGACACUUGGGAGAAUUUGCCCUCAAGUUCAUUUCUGUCACUGCUCUGGGAGUGGGAAAUAUUCCCUUACCUUGUGUACAAUUUCUACUUGUAAUAAACUAAUAAAAGAAGCAGCUGCUCAGUCUAAAAUGAGUGAUCUAAAAAUAUCUCUCCCUAAUAAAACAAACCCUGGAACACCAGCGGUCCUGACUAAGCACCAGCAUGUCCAGACUUGAGGAAAUCCUAUGAGUAUUCUCAGCCUGGAAAGACCUUCAGUGUAAACCCAAGGCUCAUUACACUACACAACAGAGAAGCCAUUCCUGAAGAAGAGUCCCACCAGAGUAAAGAAUGUGGCAAAGCCAUCAGAUACUGGACUGGUCUUGUCAGAUAUCAGAGAACUGUUGGGGAGAUCUUCAGUGUCAUAAACAUUCCAUGUGAGCCCAAGUCUCAUUAAACAGAUUCCCUUUGGACAGGAGCAAGUAGGGAGGUCUUCAUUUGGAAGCAGUGCUUAUUACCAGAAAACCCAUAAACAUAAAAAAAGUGGGAAGGCCUUCACUAAAAUCAGUCUUCUGUAUCGGUAAAUCCACAUUGCAGCAAAACCCUGUAUGUGUGACUGCUCUGGGGACGCUUUCAGCAUUAGCUCAAUUCUUAAAGUGUAUCAAAGAUUCCAGACAGAGAAAAGCUCUUUGAGUGUAAGUGAUUUGAAAAAGCCUCCAGUCAAAGUUCAGAUCUUACCAAACAUCAGUCUGCAUUGGAGAGGAGCCUUAUUCCUGGGACAGGUGUGGGAAAACCUUUCAAUGAACUCAUCUCUUACCUGACAUCAGAGGGUACAGAACAAAUACAAACCUCAAUUGUGAAAUAAUGUGGUAAAGGUACAGGACUUUUUCAACAUAAAGCAUCACCAUUAAGAAAAAACUCAAUUGGGGCACUUGGCUGUCUCUAAUGGAAGAGCAUUUGACUCUUGAUCUCAGGGUCGUGAGUUCAAGUCCCACAUUGUGUGCAGAGAUUACUAAAAAAAAAAAAAAAAAAAUUGC